CUUAUUGCAUCUUGUAUAUCAGUCCAAAAAGAACACUAUUUUAAUGGACUCCUCAUUCUGUUACAACACUUCAAAUUACCAAUACCUUCCCUUCAAUGAGAAUGAUUCCCAAGAGAUGCUUCUCUAUGGAAUGCUGCCUGAGUCAUCUUAUCAUGAUCAAUCCUCACACCCGGCCAUGUCUAGUUCAGCCGAAAAGACAGGCUACCGAGGGGUACGAGCACGGAGUUGGGGAAAGUACGCAGCCGAAAUAAGGGAUUCCACAAGGAAUGGUGCUAGGGUAUGGUUGGGUACAUUUGAUACUCCUGAAGAUGCUGCUUUAGCAUAUGACCAAGCCGCAUAUGCCGCGAGGGGUCCAAUGGCUGUUCUUAACUUUCCAGUAGAAACCGUUUGCGAGUCCCUUCGAGCAAUGGAUUACCGGUUCGAGGAAGGGGGCUCGCCGGUCUUGGCGUUGAAAAGGAGUUACUCCAUGAAAAGGAAAGCUGCUAUUAGAGAAAAGAAAAGGAAAGAGAUGAGGUUAGAUGAAGAUAGUAAUAAUAAUAAUAAUGUAGAUGUGGUAGUGUUUGAAGACUUGGGUGCUGAUUACUUGGAGGAGAUUUUGAGUUUGUCUGAGAGUUCUGAUUCUUGGGGACAAUGAAGAAGAGACAGUGUAUUUGUGUGUUUAUCUCGAUCUUAUUAGUUAUCAUGGAUGUUUUUGUCUUUCAACUUUUUGUAUGUUUGUUUGUAAAGUUAAAGUAGUUGAUAAGUCAAUAUUA